AUGCUGAUGUUUCUACAGACACCAUUCGUCCAUAUCUACCUCAGAAAUAUCGACUUGCCAUCUUCAAGCGACUCCAUGACAUCUCCUAUACUGUGUGCGUGCAUCACAGCAUCUGACCUCGAGAUUCAUCUGGACUGGUAUCAACAAAGAUUUACCUCUAAAUUCAACUAUGUUCAUGUUGAUCUUUUUGGUCCCCUGCCCUACUCCAAUGGAUACAGGUAUAUUCUCACCUGCAUUGACAGAUUUACUAGAUGGCCAGAGGCAAUUCCUCUUGCUGACAUUCAUGCUGAUACUGUAGCACGAGCCUUUAUUGCUGGCAUCAGGAGCUCCCUCAUAUCAGACCUUGGCUCCACUUCUGUUAAGCUUGUUAUGGAACAUCAGUCCGGCUACCUAGUGAAUUACUCUGCAGUUCCACUAGCUCCAUUACCAACCCUACCCAAGAUUAUGUAG